AUGCGCGUUUUGAAACAAUUGUCAUUAGACGAAGGAUCCGACUAUCCUGAGGCCGUCCCGAUACUGCGCGACUCCGUCUACGUCGACGACGCGCUUUUCGGUGGGGAUGACGUCGCGUCGCUGAUAAAAGUUCGCGAACAAUUGACGGGCCUCCUUAAACGAGGAGGCUUUCAAUUACGAAAAUGGGCAUCGAAUUCGCCUGAGCUUCUUCGCGAUGUCGUAACGCGUCAAGUCGACAUGGAGGAUCACCUCCUUCAACAGGACGAGACCCUUAAGGUCCUCGGAAUUGCAUGGCAUCCCCACGACGACACGUUUCGCGUUCAGGUGGACACUUCGUUUCCGGUCACUCCGACGAAGCGCUCCGUCUUGUCAGUUAUCGCUCGCUUAUACGACCCCCUCGGCUGGGUAGCUCCCGUCGUCAUUGUUGCAAAAAUUCUGUUACAGGAAUUAUGGUUAGCCCAAUCCGAUUGGGACACCCUUCUCCCCGACGAAUUGCGUCAGCAGUGGGAGACAUACUACGAUAAUUUAGAGCAACUAAAUAGUGUCCGGGUCCCUCGCUGGACCGGCCGACGAAGCACCGACCUCGACUUUGAACUGCACGGCUUCGCUGAUGCCUCGAGCCGAGCUUACGCCGCCGUCGUUUACAUUCGAGUCCUUCGCGCGCCCACGGACGUUCGAGUUUGUCUGCUCGCCGCGAAAACUAAGGUCGCCCCUUUAAAGACGCUCAGCAUACCGCGUCUCGAGUUGAACGCGAUUGUACUUCUGAGUCGAUUGAUUCAAUGGGUUCAGACGACCCUAAAUUCGCCCUCCGUACCAGUGUUUGGCUGGUCAGAUUCCGCGGUCGCGCUGGCAUGGCUGCGUAAGCACCCCGCGAGGUGGCAAACCUUCGUCGCCAAUCGCGUCUCCGAGGUGCAACGUACACUGCCGGAAGCACGUUGGAAUCAUGUGUCUUCUAAAGACAACCCCGCUGACUGCGCCUCCCGCGGCCUGUCGGCGGAGGACCUGUCCUCUCAUUCGCUGUGGUGGACAGGGCCGAGGUGGCUCGCCCGGCCGUCCGCGUCGUGGCCGACCGACGACCACUCUCUUUUUCUCGAUCGGAACACCAAUCAACGGGUCUCCGAUGAGGCUCGCGUUUCAGUCGUCCUCCACGUUGAGA